GACAGGUAGUUGUAGUGACCGGCGGUAACACUGGUAUCGGGAAAGAGACUGCCCAUCAGCUCGCCAUUAGAGAUGCAAAGGUGUAUAUCUUGUGUCGGGACACUAAGAAAGGCGAUGCAGCCGUCAAAGACAUCCUAGCAGUGACUCCAAAGGCAAAUAUAAAACUACUUUCGCUGGACUUGUCUUCACUCACAUCUGUCCGCAAAUGUGUGGAAGAGUUGUCGGGUUUGGAGACAAAAGUCG